AUGUUAUUAAGUUUUGGAAGCAUGGGGAGAUUUUAUAAGGCUCAAUUGAUAGAGAUAGCACUUGGUUUAGAAAACAGUGAGCAAAGAUUCUUGUGGAUUGUUAGAAGUGAAUUGGACUCGGAAGAGCUCAAUUUGGAAGACUUGUUACCAGAAGGGCUUUUGGAGAGGACAAAGGAAAAUGGAAUGGUGGUGGCUUUGGAAAUGAACAAGUCAAAAGAUGGGUUUGUGAGUAGAAUUCAAUUAGGAGACCGGAUUAAGGAAUUGAUGGACUCAUAUAAAGGAAACAAGAUUAGACAAAUGAUUUUAAAGACGAAAAUAGGUUCUAAGGAAGCAAGAGAUCAAAGUGGAUGUUCAUUUGUUCAUUUAACCAAGUUGACUCAAUUGUUCAAGCAAAAAGAAAGAACAUCAUCUAGUUGA